CAAGAGAAGGCCACAUCACGAGACUGAGUACACUUGUGUUGGACUUAAAGACUCUGUGUUUGCAACCUCUCAGGCGAUGGACGGCAGGAUCACACCGCUUGGCCUGGCCACGCACAAUCCUCUCACCGGCUUGCACGUGCCUCCUUCCCACCUGCGUCCUGCGUCUCUCUUCCUCCGUGCUUGUAAUCCCUCUCUGGAGAGGGGAUACCCCCGCACCCCAAAGUGCGCCAGAUGCAGGAACCACGGCGUGGUUUCGGCGCUGAAGGGCCACAAGCGCUUCUGUCGCUGGAGAGACUGCGUGUGCGCAAAGUGCACUCUGAUAGCGGAGAGGCAGCGGGUGAUGGCCGCACAGGUGGCACUGAGGAGGCAGCAGGCGCAGGAGGAGAGCGAGGCCCGGGAUCUUCGGCUCAUGUACCCCGUCUCUGGGAUGGUUGGGGAAACAGGGAUUCCCCAGGCGUCACCCCUGGGCCCCGGGGUGCCAACAGCUACCGGAAACACUGCGACAGCUAACCGUUUUGAUGUUUUUGGAGCAGAGAGCCAACAAGAUGAUGACAAACUGAGCAAGUACAACUUUUAUAACGGAUUUAUGGGCCGACCCCUCUUUGCACCCCUCACCUCACGGCUGCCCUCUCCAAUAGACAAGAACGACCUGUCUCCAAACAAGGACAACACCACUUCAUUCACCGAGGGCAGCGCAAGUCCAUCCCCGGUGUUUGAUCAGCGCUCAGACCACAUAGAGAGCCCAGAAAGGUCGCUUUCCUCCUCGGAUCCGGAGUCCGGCAGCGAGUCGGAGAAACCCAAGGACUACCGGAGCCCGAACCGGGACCCCACUGAUAUAAUGGCCAAGAUCUUCCCUCAUCAGAAACGGGACACCCUGGAGUCUAUGGUGAGAACGUGCAAAGGUGACAUUGUCAGAACCAUUGAACUGGUGCUGAGCUCCAAAGAGAACAAAAUUGACUCUGAUAGCUUGUCUCUGUCUAACCAACCAAACACGCUCAGCCAUUCUGUUGGACUGCCUGGAGCACUUGGUGGUCUGGGGAACAAGUCUGCCUUCUCCCCACUCCACAUGCCACCUCCGACAAGCAGUCUGUACGAGCUUAACCCCCGUCUCGGUGUCGGCCCCUUACGGCUGGCCUACUCCUCUGCAAACGGUGGUAUGGCAGGUUUUAUGUCACCAUACAUGACAUCUGGACUGAUGCCAGUGUUUCCACUACGUCCACCCCUGGACUCCUAUUCCUUCCCGGGCAUGAUCAGAGACCUCUCUUACCUUCAGAGCAAGGAGUCACUAUGCAGUACUGCAGGUCUUUACACAAGACUUAACAGUGACAAAUGACUAAUGAGAAUUUUUAGGUAAAUAAGUAAUUCUUUAGGUAAUCUUAUUUUGAAUUGGAUUUCAGAUUUACCUCCAGAUUCCCUUCAAGUGCCUCAAACCUAGUUAAAUUGCCGAUUGAAGUCACA